AUGGAGAUACUGAUUCUCCCAUAUUGCUGCAGCUGAAUUUCAUGGGCCAGCAAUUUUGAGUGGUUCUAAAAGAGACAAAUCAUGAUAAUUCUACAUCUUCAUUUUAGCACAAGAUUUUGAUGCCAACUGGCACCACCCUAUCUCAUAUACCUUCUCCUUAUGCUUAUAAAAGGAACACACAUUGUUGUACAUAUCAUCUUAAUCUCAUAUACCACUCUCUAUAAGUGACUCUCAAACCAAAACUAGCUUAUUAUUCCUUCCUCCUACCUUUAAUUAAUUAAGAAAUGGCAUCUAGUUCAAUGUCAGCUUCUGGCUCAUGGAGUGUUAAGGACAACAAAGCCUUUGAAAGAGCUCUAGCUGUUUAUGACAAAGACACACCAGAUCGUUGGUACAAUGUAGCUCAUGCUGUUGGUAGCAAAACUCCAGAGGAAGUUAAGAAACACUAUGAACUUCUCGUUGAAGAUGUUAAGCAUAUUGAGUCAGGGAAAGUUCCAUUCCCAAAUUACAAGAAAAUUUCAGGCUCUCAAGAAGAGAAAAGGAUGAGGAACCUGAGCCUUCAUUGACCAACAACUGUCAUCAACAACAAAACAUAUUGUCUUUUUUGUUUUUAACCAAUCAACAUGUUUUCAAGCACUGAGGAGGUGUUUUGUCUUGCACAGUUCUAAUGUAAUAGUAGCAUUAGAGUAUUAGUCAUAAGAAUCAUAUAUUUUACUAUGAUUCCAUUCCAUCCUUAAUUUACUUUCUUGCCGUUAACGCAGACUAGAAGAAUUAGCAACUGUUUCAGCUCUUUGUUCUAAAUAAAGUUGUAAUUUGCUGGCUUAAUUAUCAUAACAUAUAUUACAUUAUAUUU